GUCCUAAGCGAGAUAUUUGCAAAAAACUUUUUUCCUCGCCAUUUUUCCAAGAUGGCGGCCAAAUCCUGGGCGGAGAGGGGUGCAAAAUUAAUAUGUUAUUAAGUACCCUAUUACAAAUAUAAUAAAGCUUGUUCCAGCUUUCCUUGAAUUUUUUACUUAUUCGGCCUUUUUUCCUCCUCUAUUGACUGGCCUAAAAGGCUCGGUUCGCCAGUGUUUUCCACCGCUGUUAACCUUGGCCACGUGUCAACUCACCACCCACGGGCCACCCGAUGCGCUUUUUGUCGGCACUCGGCAGUACAGCUACAGACCGGGAUGAGUCAGGAUGGUCGCCGUUCCUCCCCAACUGACGUCAACCGAUCUGUAGCGAAGCAAAGCUUAAUUGUGCGUUGAAAUAGUUUGCCGAUGAGCUGUGCAAGCGAUUACGCACUGGUUUGAGGAGAGAGUCCACGCAGCAUAAGCCAACUUCGUCCGACAAUAAGUGGCAGUAGUGUAGUGAUGUGAUUGUUACGAUCUGCCUUUCAAAACCGUAUUUAAUUACUACUACAUACUGACCAACGAUGGGAAGUUUGAUUCCAGUCUGUCUUAAACGAUCCGUGGCUUUGAUGGUGGCAUCGGUAACAUUUGUGACUGCGAGUUACAUCCUGAGGAAUGAAAUGAUUAAGCUGAUGGAUGUAACAAAGCUCCAUACACAUGCAGGGAAUCACAUGACGGACUCUGAAGCCGAUUUCAACAAGAAUGUAGCCCACUACGUCAUCAUUGCUUGCAAAGACGAAAACAAAGUUAAACAUCACUUGAGAGAAAACUGGGACCAUCAGAUGCGACAGAUAAAAGUCUUACUGAAGUCGGCUGCUCUUCUCACUUCCACUGUUAUUCAGUUCAGCAUUGUCACGAACUCGCAAGAGACCUACAAAGAAAUCACGGCCAUAGCGGACUCCUGGCCUUCGGAAUAUCGCCGACGGCUGGUCUUCGGCGUCCGCAGAGAAGUGUACUAUCCGCCUGCCCUGUCCAGGAUACAAGACAUGUUUUGCUGGUGCUGCACCGAAAGACUCUUCCUGCCCGACGUUCUCCCGGACGUCGAUUCUGUCAUCUUCGUCGACACGGACACGAUCUUCAUGCAGCCUCCGGAGGAUCUGUUUCAGAACUUCGGAUUCUUCGACGACCGCCAGGUCGCCGGAGUCACGCCCUGUCUCUACAUGUACGAUGAGCCAUGGAGGAAGAGAAUUCCGAGCUUCGGCUUCUCGGGCCUCAAUGCAGGGGUCCUCCUGCUCAACUUGACCCGUCUGAGAAGCUUUCCAGGAGGAUGGGUUCCGACGAUCAAAAGGACCAUCGCCAAGUACAAAGACGCCAUAGAGCUUGCAGAUCAGGACAUCCUCAACAUCAUUUUUAGCGGGAGGAAGGCACCGUUAGCAUAUGAAGUCGGCUGUGAAUGGAACUACCGCCAGAAGGUGUGUUCGCUGGACAGGAACAGAUGCCCCAAUGCCGCUGCUAAGGGGGUUGCCCUCCUCCACGGCUGCGACACUACGUUCGUCAAAAAUAACGAACCCAAGAUCAGAGCGGUUUUCGAAGCAUGGGAAAAGUACGACCUUCGAUCUUCGCCAGGGGAGCUGCUGUCUCUCAUGGAGGAGGGACUGCGGAAGGUAAACAGAUCUGCAGGAGGAUGUGCAACCCUCUCCAACAUAGACGACAUUCUGAUGAAAGGACUCAGGAGACACCUGGUGGUGGCUUGACGAAGUUGCUGAUGGAAGCAUUUAGAGAUAUUAUCUUUGUGAGAUCGUGGUCGUGGAUAAACUAGUCUUUGCUGUAAUUCAAUAGUUUUAUCUCACUUCUGAGCAACUGAUUCGUCGACAUGCAUUA